AUGGUGUCCCUAGCUGCAGCCGUACCUGGUCUGUGGUCUAUAGAGGGCGGUAACAAGCUCGUGCCUGAACAGCUGCUUUAUAGAUCCGGUGCAACGCUCAUGAAGUCUCGGGUACAGUCCGUUGAAUGUGUCGCCAGUGAGAAUGCUGGAAGGCCCGCCUUCAGAGUCACAGGGAACGAGGUUGUCAAAGGUCUCAAGAGUGAGGUCUUUGACAUAGUCAUGAUGGCUUCACCCAUAGAGGACGAUCUCUCAGGUAUCGACUUCAUAGGCUUUGAUCAUCCGGUCACCACCAACUUCACAGGCGACUACCGCCACGGCGCCUCCCUCGUCGAGGGGCGUCCGCGAGCAUCAACAUUCGGAGUCUCGCCAGAAGGUGAGCUCCCAGGACAGAUCAUCACCAACAUGGAAGUGCCUCUGAACUUCAGAACUCUCGCCAAGAACUUCCCCGUGGACUAUAACCCUGUGACAUUCAACGCAUCCAGGCAACUCUACAAGGUGUUCUCAACCGGUGUCUUGAACGAUACGCAGAUGGAGGCGUUGUUCGAGUCGUAUUCCGAAGCGACACACCGCGAUUGGUUGGCGUAUCCCUAUUACCACGAGCGUAAGACCUUCCCUGGGUUUGUUUUGGCGGAAGCCAUGGAAAUGGCUGUCAUUGGGAGUAGAAACAGUGCCAUAUUGGCAUACCAGUACUGGAGCGGGGAAUCCCCUAAAGUGAAAGUGGGAGCCUCUAAAGUUAGGCAAGAACUAUGA